AUGAGCGAGUCAAAGUCUCAAUUCGAAUCUGGUCAUGAGGUCCCAGUAGCCCACCAAGAUGCACCCGGCCUUCAGCAUAAGAUGAAAGGUCCCGAUCCGGAGGACGAGAACGUGCCCACUGAAGAUGGCGGCUACCAGAUCUACAAAGCCGCAGGCAAGCUCAAGGGCAAACGUGCCCUGAUCACGGGCGGAGACUCAGGAAUUGGCCGCGCAAUUGCUAUUCUAUACGCCAUGGAGGGCGCGGACAGCUUCAUUGCCUACCUCAAGGAAGAGGAGAAGGAUGCACAGGAGACGAAGCGAAAGGUCGAGGAGAAGGGCCAAAAGUGCUACCUCAUGGCCACCGAUCUCACGGACAUGAAGAACUGCAAAGCUGUUGUUGAUGCAGCGGUGAAGGCAAUGGGCGGGUUGGACAUCCUGGUCAACAAUGCGGCAUAUCAGAUGAUGGUUGAGGAUAUCUUAGAUCUGCCUGAAGAACAAUGGCUCCACACCUUCGCAACAAACAUCCAUCCUCUCUUCUACCUCUCCAAGUACGCCAUCCCACAUCUCUCCCGUGGCAGCAGCAUCAUCAACAACGCCUCUAUAAACGCCUACAUCGGCCGCCCCGACCUGCUUGACUAUACCUCCACCAAGGGUGCCAUCAUCUCCUUCACCCGCGGCCUCUCCAACCAGUACGUCUCCAAAGGCAUUCGAGUGAACGCAGUUGCACCUGGCCCGGUGUGGACGCCGCUGAUACCGGCGACGAUGAACGAGAAGGCGCAGAAGGAGUUCACGAGCCCAAUGGGCAGGCCGGCGCAGCCGAGCGAGAUUGCAACCUGUUUCGUCUUCUUGGCGAGCACGGAUAGUUCGGCGAUUAGUGGACAGACGAUUCAUGCGAACGGAGGGGUUGUGGUGAAUGGAUAG